AACUUACUGGAAACGCAGAAUUGAUUAACAAUCAAACUAUUUAUGACAUAAUUUUUCCUUUCGUCUUUCAGUAACAUGACAGUUAGAUCAUUUCCUGAUUUAAUAACAAAACAUUUGGUAACUUUCAGACAUGCAGGAUGUUGAAUUAUAUUCCCAAUUUUGGGCCUCCCUAAAUUUCAUCAUCGACAUAAGGUAUAGUCAGAGUUGUGAAACGAGUUUAAAUAGAUAUUCUUGCUGAGCACUGUCGCUGCUGCACUGGGACGUCAAGGCAGACCGAUGGCUUCUACUGAAGAAACAGGCAAUUCAUCAUUCAUAGCCCCAAUGAAUAGAACAUGUUUGCUGGAUGAACAGUUCCUCACAAGAAUGAUGCCUCCGACCAUUACAAUCUUCUUCAUUUUAGCUACAAGCUUCAACAGUCUGGCCCUAUGGAUAUUUUGCUCGCACAUAAAGAAAAAGACCUCAAUUGACAUUUUGAUGUUGAAUCUGUGCAUAAGUGACUUGCUUUUCACACUCACCUAUCCUCUGGUAAUAAUUUACCACAGCAACAACAAUUAUUGGAUAUUUGGAAACUUUGUGUGCAAACUCCAAACAUUCCUCAUGUAUUGCUCCGGGGUGGCAGGUAUCUUCUUCCUGACAUGCAUCAGCAAUUAUCGAUGUUACGUGAUCAUCAAGCCUAUCCAGUCCAAAAGCCGGAUUACAAAGAAAUGUACCAUUGUCAUUUGUGUGUUGAUCUGGCUGUUAGCUGGUAUCUUUGCAUUUCAGUCUUUUUUUACAAUCAAUGUUUUUGAAUUGAAUGGAAAACUACAUUGUAUGAGCUACAAUCAUCCAAUUACAGAGGAAGUUUUACUCACUUCCAAUAUUAUUUUGUUUAUUCUGACCUUUGGAAUUCCAUUUACAUCCUUGCUGGUGUCAACUUUACUUAUUCAAAGGAAAUUGGCCAACUUGACAUUAACUGCUCAUUCAGAAAAUUGCCGACAUGCUGUCAGGUUGAUGAUGGUGAUAUUGUGCAUCUUUGUAAUAUGCUUUCUUCCUAUAAAUGUAACACGUUUAAUUGUGUCCAUUAUGCGUGUCAAGAGCUGCAAAAAUUACCAACAAAUCGGAGUGGUUUACUACUGUUGCGUUCUUGCCCUUUAUGCCAAUAGCUUUCUGGAUCCUUUUGUGUAUUUUUACGCUGGCACCAAAUAUCGUUCAAAGCUCAUUAAUGCCAUCAAAGGUGUGGCCUUUUGUAACAAGCUGCCAGCAGCACCCAAUCCAACAGUGAAUCAAAAGUGUGACCUUUAAUCCAAAGAUUUAGAAAAUGCUGUUAUUAGACCAAUGUUAACUCAAAUUAAUGCAUUUUGUACAAUAAUAUCAAAUGUCAAACUUUAGGCUAGCUAGAUGACCUGUCCAAUGAUCCAGGCUCACCAUUACUAAUGCCAUGGAUCAGGCAGAGGAAUGGACAGCAUCAUUCUUUAAUUAAUGUCAAAAACAGAAUAAUGGGCCAUUCUUUCACUAAUUUAAUGCCGACAAAUGCUUGCUGUUGUUUUUAGCUAAGUUCAAAACUGAAUGACUGUGUUAUGCUUCCCUAAAUAUGUCUCUGAAAUAAGUAUUUA